AUGAGCUCUCACGACAACGAGGAAUUGAUCGACUACGAGGAUGAACACGACGUUGUCACGAACGGUGGCGCGGCGCCAUCGGCGACCAAUGGUGCUGUCUCGACAGCUCCUGCAGUCGAUGGUGAGAGCGACAAAGACAAGAAAAAUUUCUCAGGCAUUCACUCAACGGGUUUCCGGGACUUCUUGUUGAAGCCUGAGUUGCUGCGCGCCAUUAGUGACCUUGGCUUCGAACAUCCCUCUGAAGUCCAGCAGGAGUGUAUUCCGCAAGCGGUCCUGGGAAUGGACGUCUUGUGCCAGGCUAAGUCUGGCCAUGGCAAGACUGCGGUUUUCGUCCUUGCUACCCUUCAACAACUCGAGCCUGUCAACGGCGAAGUCUCCGUUUUGGUCCUAUGCCACACACGAGAACUCGCUUUCCAAAUCAAAAACGAAUAUACUCGCUUCGCCAAGUACAUGCCUGACGUUCGUGUUAGCACGUUUUACGGCGGUACGCCCGUGGCCAAGGACUCCGAAUUACUCCGCGACAAAAACAAGUGCCCUCACGUGGUCGUCGCUACUCCGGGACGGUUGAAUGCGCUCACGAGGGACAAGGUACUCGAUGCCAGCAAAGUCAAGCACUUCAUUCUGGACGAGUGCGAUAAAAUGCUGGAACAGCUUGACAUGCGACGCGAUGUUCAAGAAAUCUUCCGGGCGACACCUCAUCACAAGCAGGUGAUGAUGUUCAGUGCGACGUUGGCGAAGGAUAUUCGUGUUACUUGCAAGAAGUUUAUGGCCAACCCACUCGAAAUAUUUGUUGAUGAUGAGACAAAGCUGACGCUCCACGGUCUCCAGCAGCACUAUGUGAAGUUGGAGGAAGUCGGAAAGAACAGGAAGCUGAAUGAGUUGUUGGACACGUUGGAGUUCAACCAGGUCGUCAUUUUCGUGAAGUCUGUCGCACGGGCGAUAGAGCUCGAUAAGCUAUUGGUCUCGUGCAACUUCCCAAGUAUCAGUAUCCAUUCUGGUCUGGCUCAGGAGGAGCGUAUCAACCGAUACACCGCUUUCAAAGCAUUCGAGAAGCGUAUCCUUGUGGCGACCGACAUAUUCGGUCGCGGAAUUGAUGUUGAGCGGGUCAACAUCGUUAUCAAUUACGAUUGCCCUCCCGAUGCGGACAGCUACCUUCAUCGUGUCGGUCGUGCUGGACGGUUCGGCACAAAAGGUCUCGCCAUUACAUUCGUGUCGUCGGAAAGUGACCAACAGGUCAUGUCCGCGAUUCAGUCGCGGUUCGAAGUUGCUGUUUCGGAUCUUCCUGAACACGUCGAUCCUGCCAGCUACAUGACCUCGUAA